AUGUCUUGUCAAAAAGGUAAUACUGGUAGAACACGUAAACAAAAAUAUCAAAAUGCAAAAACAUUCAAAAAUAAUUUAUAUGAUACAAGUAAAUUAACAAAAGAAAUUAAUUCAAUUGAACACAAAGGUUUAUGUGAACAUUGUAAACAACUGCUUGAAUGGAGAGUACAUUUUAGAAAAUAUAAACCCUUAACACAACCAAAAAAAUGGUAA